GUGUUUCCUUUAUAAUAUCCACCAUCUCUUAUAUCUUUAGACAAACUUUCCUUCCUUCUAUAUUUCUUCUAUUCAUCCGUAUAUAUUUCUCAGUCAUGGGCUCCUUAGACGCGCAAAUCCACGGCAAAUUCAAUCUCUUCGUCAUCGAUGCGGGGGUUGACGACGCAGACGCUUGGCAGAGGCCCUACCUCACAACACCAUUAUUCAGGAAAUUCGUCAACAGAUCAUUCCCACUGAUUGACAUCCGUCCCAAUAUCUCAUCUCCAGGAUACAACCCCGCCGAUCUACUAAAGAGCCACGGCUUCGGGGUUCUCGACCAAAAAUCCGCGCUCUUCGACCCCUCCAACGCCCACCUAAGCAUAGACGAUGAGGAACUCCUCCAUGAAACAUACUACCCCGAGAUCUGCGACCUCUUGACCAAGACCACCGGUGCAAAGCACAUCUUCGUAACCCACAGCUUCGUCCGCAAAAGCCGGCCCCGCGGCAUCACCAGGCCCAACCCGCCCAACAUCGCCCGCCGCGCCGGAUCAAACAACCAUGCUGACGCCAACUUCCGGGGCACCGUAAACCACCACGAUAAUGCCACCAAUGUGCCGAAGCAUAUCCCCGCCGGCGCUGGGGUUGGUCCUGCCCGUCUCCCGCAUCUUGACUACACGCCUCUCAGCGCGCGUCGGUGCAUCCGCUUUUACCGGCAGGAUAUUGAGCAGCAGGCGCGCGAGAGCGGGGUAAUCGACGCUGAAGACGGGAUUUGUGCGGACUUACCAUUCCCAGCCACCAGCGCCGAGGCCAAUUCCGUGAUCGCGGAGCGGUAUAACCGCGGCGAAUUGGGGCCGAGAUAUGCAGCGUAUAGCGUCUGGCGGCCGCUGAGAACGGUGCAGCGGGAUCCGUUGUGUAUUGCGCCGCGACAAACGAAUACAGGAGAGCUGGUAGAGUAUCCUUAUGAUCUCCGGGUUCCAGGAAAUGCGGGUUUGGGAGGGGAUUUUUUGAGGGAGGUGGCGCUGCUGGGUGUGCAGGGGGAAGAUGUUGGGGUGGGGAGUGCAGUUGAUGCGGGGGCGUUGAACUGGUAUUAUGUGUCGAAGCAAACGAGAGAGGAGGUGCUUGUUAUCAAAUUUUUUGAUAGUUCCGCGUUGGGUCGGGGUGAGGAAGAGGCGGAGGCGCCGUGGCAUGGGAGUCCGGAUAUUGGGGAUGUGUGUGGGGAGGAGGCGAGGGAGAGUAUUGAGGUGAGGGUUAUCGCGUUUUGGUGAGGGGUGAAGUGAUGCCGGUGUUUUGUUGACUUGGUUUUGAAGAGGUCUUGGAAGCAUAAAAUCGAAAUAACUAUACUAGACAUUUCGUUUAUAGAUGUGUAAAUGAAGUACCGAUCGAUAUUCGACAAUGCCCACGCAGCAGGUAUAAAAAUCAUAAUAAUGAAUAUAGCUUCAUUGUUUGUUUGGAG